CUCUGGGAUUGAUUAUGUUCAUCUUCAAUGAUUCUGACAAUGGAGGGAGCAAAUGUUGCUGUGACACAACCUGGGCAGAGCAUAUCUAAAACUACCGAUUUAGCUGAAGGAUAUGACAAAAAAUGUAUUUUUUGUAGAAUUGUCAACCAUGAAAUGGAAACGGAGCUACUCCAUUGUGACGAGGAAAUUUCAUGUUUCAGAGACAUCAAGCCUGGAGCUCCUCACCAUUAUCUUGUUGUCCCAACUAAACAUGUUGGGAACUGCAAGUCACUCGGCAAAGAACACGUUCCUUUAGUAAAACGCAUGGUGGAGACGGGGAAGGAAAUCCUGCAUAAGAACAAUGUGACGGAUCUUAAUGAUGUCAGGUUUGGGUUCCAUUGGCCCCCAUUCUGUUCAGUCACACAUCUACACCUUCAUGUUCUGGCACCUGCCAGCCAGAUGGGCUUCAUGUCUCGCCUGUUCUACAGACUCAAUUCUUUCUGGUUCAUUACAGUGGAACAACUAAUAGAGCUUCUCAACGCUAAAGAAGAAACCAGCUGAUUACCUUCCUCGGAGAUUUUAGUUCUAUUUCAUCCUGGCUGAAUGCCAGAGGGCUGUUUUGAAAGCACUGAAUGUUUCUUUGGUGCGUUCACAGAUUGAGUAUGCAUACCUAUUAGUUCUCGCAUCAUCGCAGUUUCAGUGACAUUCUCUAUUUUCAAGUUUCAUGCCAGUGGAUACAGCUCCCAUGGGGAAUUUUGUAAUGUUGGGCUACAGUUGUACAUCUAAGACAAUGGGGGUGCGUGGCUCAGGCUGAUCCCUCCUGUUGGGGUCGAGAACCCGCCGGACUCUUUCUUUUAUUAACUGAGUCACUCGAAGCGCUGAGGUGCGUCUAACACUUGAAUCGCCCCAUCCUCGCAAAUAGUGUGAAUGCUGAACGUCAGCUUGCCUCAGAAAUGGAUUGUCUACUGACUGGGAUGAGGUCCCUUCUGAGUAAAUAUCAACUUGCUACCUCUGCAGUUGGUGCUGGGGUGUCUUCACCGCAAUAUCUAUACUUGAUUUGGAAGUUGAUGUCACCUCGUUGGUGGCUUCGGGUUUGAAGGGGUGGGCGCAUGGUUGUCUGUUCGGACAACUGAGAUCCACCUAGGUGUUGCAGGUGUCCGAGCAUCAUCUGAGGUUGGCUGCCUCUAGUCUGGCCAUUUGGCUGCCUGGGCAGCUUAACAAACUUGUAGAUGCCCUCUCCCGCCAUCGUCUUCCGAUGGGGUGGGGCACCUCCUUUAUGCUUUUCCACCACUCCCAUUUAUUUGGCUGAUGCUUCAGAGGGUUGUUUGGGAGGGCACUCGCUGUUGCUGAUGGCCUCCUUCUGGCUGGCCACCCUGUGGUUUUUGUUCCGUACUGCGCAGCCUGUGUUUCGGCGAGCCACGCGCCAUUUCUUAAUAUCGGCUAUGACUGGUACUUGCGAACUCACAAACCCGGGCUUGGCAACUACAGAAUCAUGGGAGUAUGCUGGCCGUUUCUCAAUACCAAGUACAGCAAGUUUAACAAGUGCUUUCAGCAUCGCCCUCUGGGUGUAAUUCAGGAUUUAUAGAACCGUAGAAUAUUUAAAAGUUAUGUUUGGAUCCAUGUGCCUAUUUAUAAUCACCAAUCAGUACUAAAAUUUUGGCAAAUAAUUACUUUCGAUAUACAACCUUUUUAAUUCUUUGCAACAUAAAGUAGGGCAUUUGAUGUGUGGAUUUUAGACCUGGUUUUAAAUCAAGUAGAGCUGUUUUGUGAAAUUAAAAUUAUCAAUGAAAUUAUUUAAUAGCACAGUUCUGUUAAUCAGUAGGAUCAUUAAUCCUAGAUCACAUAAGCAUGACACACAAAUACAAUGACUUCUACAGCUUUGUGCCAUCCUUACUGAGGUGUAUUUUUCAACAUUUGAAACGAGUUGGAGCAUCAUGUAACAUCUGCAUAAAGUAUUUACGAGGCUCCUUUAUGUGGAAACGAGUAAAUGAUCCUGACACUUCAAAGUUAAGUGCAGUUUGUCUUCAUCUUGUAAAAUACUUGUGUGAAAUUUGCUUGUGCAUUUCGGUCUGUAACCUGUGAUUUGUGAUGAGAUGAUCAGUUGCAUUUAACAGAAUACUUCCUUUGAAAAGUAAACUGAUCAAUUUUGCAGGAAUUACAAGAUGGGGUUUAUAUGAAUAAAUUGGUGUGAUGUGUACAUUAACAAGAUUUGCAAGAACAUUAUUUUUUCUGUGAACAGCAAUUGACCAAAUUUGUUGACUGUAUAGUAUUGUGUGCCAGAAAAGGUUAAUUCUGCAUGACAAUGGAAUGUAGAGGCAAGAAACCAUACUCUGUUCUGUAUCAAUGUAUGCACUUUAAGAAGGAUUAAUUUAUUGCGAUUAAAGAUUAAACAAUCAUUUUACUGGUCGUUACUUUUACUAGUCGGUCUCACAAAGAGAUUGCAUUUUACAUUUCUUUAUUAUUCAAGCAUACAUGGCUCAAUUACUGAACAUGUUAAUCCAAUAAUUGGUGGGGAAAAAAACUGCUACUAUAUUA